AUGGCGACUUUAUAUUGGAUGCUCAUUGAUCCAGAUGAUAAGGUCUGCUGUGCAUAUGCAGUUAUGUUACUUUGUAUGUAAUGGUCCUAACUCCAGUGAUGUAUAAAAUUUAUUACUGGCGUAUAGUUUCUCGUACAAGAUUGGAGGCAUAAUCAAGGAAGAUUCUUUUGAAUAUAAUUUCAUUGUGACAGAUAAAAAAAUUAUAUCAAAUUGUAUUUGUGUUAAUAUUUUAAAAUAAUAUAUGUACGCAUAAAAAUAUAAUUAAGAAAGAAUUCAGAUCGUUGUAUAACAAAAGAAAAAUAUGGCAACUAUGGGCGAGUCUCUCACUUUAGCUAGAGAUGUUAAAAGGUCUAUAGAAUUAUUAGAUAAACUCCAAAAAGGCGGCGAGGUUCCAACAACAAAAUUGGCAGCAUUACAGAAAGUAUUACAAAGUGAUUUUCUUAGUGCAGUACGGGAAGUAUAUGAACAUGUAUACGAAACUGUUGAUAUUCAGGGUUCACAAGAUGUACGUGCAUCUGCAACAGCAAAAGCAACUGUUGCUGCUUUUGCAGCUAGUGAAGGUCAUGCACAUCCACGCGUAGUUGAAUUACCAAAAACGGAAGAAGGACUUGGUUUUAAUGUAAUGGGAGGUAAAGAACAAAAUUCACCAAUUUAUAUAUCUCGUAUUAUUCCUGGCGGCGUUGCUGAUAGACAUGGUGGUUUAAAACGUGGGGAUCAGCUUUUAUCUGUUAAUGGAGUGUGCGUUGAAGGUGAAAAUCAUGAAAAAGCAGUGGAAUUAUUAAAACAAGCUCAAAAUUCCGUAAAAUUAGUAGUUCGUUAUACUCCACGUGUUCUAGAAGAGAUGGAGUUACGUUUUGAUAAACAAAGGGCUGCUCGUAGACGUCAACAUGUUAUGUUGCAAUAAAUAAAAAUGUAAAAUAUUUAAUUAUAUCCAGUAAAGAAACGCGAAUUUAUCAAUUGUUGUCUAUCUACUGCAUUUAUAUAUCUAUAUAUAUAUAUAUAUAUAUAUAUUCUGUAUAUUUAAGCUAUUUAUGCUCUAAUUGUAACUUAGCAAGUAUAAAGCAUUAAGAAAAUUGUAUUAAUAAUUGUAUUCAUGUUUUCAUUCAUCGAUAAAUCAUCUGUUAUCAAUUUUAUGUUAUGUCACUUUUAAAAUAUACUAUAUUCUGUAACUUUAUAUAUUUUAUAAAAUAUAUAAAGCAGAAUAUAAGUUGCUAAUAUAUUUAGACCCAGUUGCAUCAAUAUUUUGGCUUUAGACUGAAAGUCAACAGUGAUAUAACUGAACUUUAAUGUAUAAAAUAAAAACUAUUCUGAAACUA